GCCUCUCUUCGAAAACCACCGUACAGACCCCACCGUUCUCUCUACACAAGCAAAGAAAUCGUAAUAGAUUCUAGCGAAAAUGGCUCCCAAGGAGAAGAAUAACGCCACCGCCGGUCUCAAGAAAGGCAGCAGCAUCAAUAAAGAUAAGAAGGAGAUGCAUUACAGAGGUGUUAGAAAGAGGCCUUGGGGCCGUUACGCCGCCGAGAUUCGUGAUCCCGGUAAAAAGAGUCGGGUCUGGUUAGGCACUUUUGACACGGCUGAGGAGGCAGCUAGAGCUUACGACAAAGCGGCGCGUGAGUUCCGUGGUUCUAAAGCUAAGACUAACUUCCCUUUGCCUGACGAAAUCAUUCCAAUCAACAUCACCAAGGUCGUUAACCAUGUUAAUAACCAGAGUCCUAGUCAGAGUAGCACAGUCGAAUCCUCCAGUCCUCCGGCGGUGGUGCGUGAAGUCACGAGCAAACUCGGUGCCGUGAGUGGGGUGGUGGGAAGGUUCCCGUUUGUUUAUCAACAGCAGAACGUCGUGGGUCCUGUUUGGUUUUUUGACGGGAGUACUGUUAGGCCCGAGUUUGUGACUCAGCAAUUCCCAGCUGUCCGGUUUGACCCAGUGGGAGUGGAGUUAAAUGGUGGGUUGAGUGGGAGUCAGAGUGACUCGGAUUCGUCAUCUGUGGUGGACUGCAAACCAACGAGAGACAUCGAUCUUAAUCUGCCUCCAUUGGAGGACGCUUGAUCUAAUUUAUUGAACUGAUUUUUCAGAUGAAUAACUCAUUUAUGAUUACUAAUCAUCUGUAUCUUUGAGAAUUAUAGAAGGAAAUUAAUUACGAUGAUGAUAAUUUAGGAUGAGUUCUGGGUUAUCAUUGAAUGUAAAUAAGUUAGGAUCGAGUUUUUUUUUUUUUUUUUUUUAAUGCAACUGAGAGAAAUAUUUAUAUUUUCUCUUUGAGUUGCUUUUGUUGUAGGCUUACGUUAAUUCUACAAGUUUUUUUUUUCAAUUGACAGCAAUUAACUGCUGAAUUUAUUCAUGAUGUUGCUUAGUAU